AUGGAAGCCGCCUUGGCAGUGAGACCCUCCGGGGAUAAUCUCUGGAAAGCUGCCGUCGAUUCUGUCGGAGAUGAGCUCAAGGCUCAGAUAGAUUUCAAACAGGAGUCCAAGAUAGACACUCUUGGAGAGCUGCUAUCGGUGACUGAGAAGGCAAAGAAACGUUUGACUGAUCGAGCAUGGAGUUUCAAGAGAUCAUCUGGCGAAAAGGUGAUUGUGCGUGAUGUGCUGGGCAAAGUAGCCAAAUGGGUCAACCUCGUCAAGCAGGUGGGCGACUUUGCGGUCCAGUUUGAUCCGGGACAUGCCGGUGUGGCAUGGGCGGGUAUUCGAUUCAUGUUGACCGUCGCAGUCGGGGAUUUGGACACGUAUAAGGGGAUGUUCGAAACAACAGCAGAUAUCGCUGAGUACAUCUGUCGAACUGCAGUCCUCGAGAGUCUAGUCAAGGGGAAAUCCUCUCAGGCGGCAGAUGAGCUGAGCCGUGCUAUUGUUAAGCUUUACAUAGCCAUCCUCACUUAUCUCUCUCGAGCAACCGCCUACUGCAACCAAAAUACCUUUAAACGGAUUUUGAAGUAUGGAGUUCUUGUCUCGGGUGAUUUGGAAUCCAGUUUUGCCGCCGUUGCACCAGCCCAAGAUGUCGUCAGUCGCUGUGCACUGGUGAUGAACCUUGAGGCCCAGUUGGACUCUCAAGUUGAACUCCGGCGCAUCCGAGAGAGCUUUGAUGCUCCCAUGCAGCGCUGGGACGGAGCUCUUCAUGCCAUUUCAGACCAGCUCGAAGGGGAACAAAGAAAGAAAAUCCUACAAUGGAUGUCUGCCGAGCCCUAUAUACAGCACCACAAACAGACGAAAGGCGAGGUGCUGAAAGGGACGGGAAAGUGGCUCCUUGAAAAUCCCAGCUUCCUGAAGUGGAAGAAUGAAAGCGCCUCUUCUAUUCUAUGGAUUCGUGGCAUUCCGGGAUCCGGGAAAAGUAAACUAAUGUCGAUCGCAAUCGAGGACGCCAUGAGCGCUUUCCAGGCGAAGCAAAGCCCGCAACCGGUAUACUUCUACUGCUCUCGCAACCCGGCAGAGCCUGGAAGAUCUGAUCCUUCACGUAUCCUGGCCAGCAUUGCCAGACAGCUUGCCACGCCGGAAGUCGGCGGGGCUAUUCUUGAACCAGCGCUCGAGGUUUAUAACGAACGAGAGUCACAAGCGUCUGCCGAUGGGCCUCUCAGACUUGAGGAGAGCAAAGAACUCAUCAUCAAGCUUCUCGAUCAAUACAAGGGCGCCACUAUGACCAUUGCCAUCGACGCCCUGGACGAAUGCAAUGAAGAUACGCGAGGUGACCUGCUUGACGUGUUUGAAUUUUUACUGGAGGAAUCGCCGUGCCUUUUGAAACUCCUUGUGUCAAGCCGGGAUGACCAAGAUAUUGUCUAUCAGUUCGAAAAUUACCCUUGUCUGGCUCUUUCAUCGGCUCACAGCUCUUCAGACAUCGAAUUGUUUGUUGCGUCGGAGGUGAAGAAGCUUCUCAAUAGCAGAUUUCUGCGGAAGACCCAGAGCGGCAAAGAAGCAUUGUCUGAAAAGAUUAUCAAGGAACUUACGGCUAAGGCUGAUGGGAUGUUCCGUUGGGUAAGCCUUCAACUGCAGGCACUUCAAAGAUGCCGUAGCGAGGAAGCCAUUAUGGAGAGAUUAGGCCAGCUGCCUCGUACCUUGGGAGAUCUCUACCAAGAACUCAUCGUUAAAAUGGAGAACUUUGAAGCGACUUCGGACAGAGAACUGGCCAAGAAAAGUCUCAGCUGGCUCCUCUGCAGCCAUGCCCAGCUAACAUCGGAAGCCUUCCUCGCUGCCGUGUCCACAAGCCAGGACGGGAAAAGUGAAGCAAUUUCGCGAGAUCAGCUUUUGGACUUGUGUUGCAACCUGGUCAUCUUCGAUGAAGCCCUCGACGUGUUCCGUUUCGCGCACUUAUCCGUUCGAGAAUUUCUAGAAACGCACGAAUUAUUCAAAUCCGAGUCUAUCAAUUCCCGCGUGGCGGAGGCUUGCCUCAUCCGUAUCGUGGAUGCGACACCGGAUAUAAACAUGGAAGACGAUACAGAACCAUCCGUUGAAGUAUUAUGGUACUCUUAUGUCUGGUGGGGCUUCCAUAUACCAGCAGCUUCUAGAGAACGAACGCCUGUUACAGACAAUCUCCUGGCUGAAUUCUUGUCUGAUGAAGAUAAUCCCUCGUCGCCGUUUGGUUUAUGGGAUCAAGCCUUCCGCAGUACCAUUUACAGCAAGUGGAGGAUAGGUCUUCCCGCAGAGUUCUCAUUUUGCUUUGGUCUUACGCCAUUUGUUCUGCUUCCUGUUUGCAUAUUCGACAUUUGUGGUGUUAUUAGCGUCCAGGAGUGGAAGAGCGUGACCGAAAAAGGUGUUGAAAUCGUAGAUGGCAAAACUCCAAUUGAGCUUGCUGUUGAAUGGGGCUCAAUCAAUAUCGUCAAGUGGGCUUUGGACAACGAUAUCCCGAUUCCUUUCACUGACGAAUUGCUGUUUUCCCUGAACUGGAGCAAGGGGACGGAAAUGUUGAGGCUUUUUCUGGCAAAAUAUGGCUCCGAGUUUCCUGUCACCCAAGGAUUUGUGCAAGAUGCUGCUGGAAACAAGUUUUGCGCCUAUGAAAUGACGAAACUGCUUCUCGACACUCGAGGGACUGGGAUCGCGAUAACAACGGAGUUCAUUGAAUGUGUCAUUUGCUCUCGCGGGUCCGACGACAACGUGCUCAAGCUGCUGAAAUUCGUACUUGAAAAGGUCGAAGGUGAUAUUGUCCUGACGGAUAACACCCUUAGCACCGUGGCUAGAGACACCACAAAAGGCGAACAAGUCCUCCAAAUCCUGCUGAAGAAAUUUGGGAACCAAAGUUUCCCGGUAGCACAACAUAUCCUCUUAGAAGCCGCUGGCAAUGCAGGGUGCGGCGAUAAGUUGAUUGCGCUGUUGCUCCAGCACUUUGGCGAGCAAUUAGAGAUUACGGACGAGCUUGUGAACAACGCAGCUACCUACAGCCCAGUAGCCUUCUCUCAUCUCCUUCGCCAAUCCGGGCCAAGUCUUCAAAUAUCCGACGAAUGCCUGGAACUGGCAGCAAUGUACAGCCCACGGUCCUUCGAAUUGCUUCUAGACAAGUAUGCUGAUGCGAUAGUAAUAUCGCAGAGCACUGUGGAAGCCGCUGCGAGGAACCCGGGCUCUAUCAAGCUUCUUGUCCAGAGGCAUGGUUCCGAGAUUCAGAUCACAAGUGACGUCGUCGAAAUUGCAGCAAUAAGUCACCCCCAGUGUCUUGACUUCCUUCUAAAAAACAGAUCAUCAGAGGCCAAACUCAACGAAGACCUUAUUCUAACAGCUACUCGAUCUAAUGUAGGAGUGUUCGAUUUCUUGCUCGACGAAUAUGAAAUUGAGAUCACUGAGGAGAUUAUGAAGACUGCUGCACAAUACAACUUUGACUCGUUGGAGAUCCUUUUCGACAAACGCGGAGAUGAGAUUAUAGUUACUGAAGACGUUCUUCUUGCUGCAGCCAUGGCUUACUCAACCCAGUUGUACUUGCGCUGGAUCGAACCCAUUAUCUCAAUGUUCAUGGCAAAAAAAGAGGCAGAAACUAUCGCCUGUAUCACCCCGAAGGUGUGUGCCAUGUCUGCAGCACUUGGGGAUGAGAGCGGCCUUGAAUGCUUUCGUCAACACGUCCCGGAAGAGCUUAGAGACCCGAAUUGGGACUCUAUUUGUCGCCUCUGUGUCGCAGCAAAAGAAGGGAACUUGGAAGUUGUUGAAUCGCUCAUGCAAGAGCCAAUUCCGUUGGACACCAAGGAUAAUCUGGGUGAGACACCACUAUAUAUGGCAGCAAAGUUUGGUAACACGGAGGUUGUGAAGCUUCUCGCACAUGACAAGCGAGUUAAUGUCAAUUCUCUGUCUAUCCAUGGGCGCUCUGCUUUAUUUGAACCAUGCAAGUAUGGCCACGAUGAGGUCGUAGAAGCUCUGCUCGCAGCUGGUGCAGAAAUCCAGUUUAUAGAUGCGGAUGGUGACACCGCUCUCUCAGCAGCUAGAGAAGAGGGGCACGAUAGAAUAGUGGCACUGUUAGAGGGCAGAUCAUGA